GCGGUGUCGUUCAGGUCAACAGCAACGGCAACAAGUUGAACUUGAACCAGUCCAUCAUAUCCGCAGCCUCGUGCCAAAGACAUGCCCUCGCCGGUCAGCCAACGAGAGCCUAGGGAGCCAUGAUCUCUCUGCCUGCCAUCUUCACAUGACAACAGUCCAACCAUACAACUGGUGUUGUUGUUGACCAUCACUUGACCGUUUUGGCGACCUAGACUGUUCCACGAUGUAAACAACGACAAAUCCAAGUCAAAAUACAACCAUAUUCUAGACAAACUCUGCUCAUCAACAUCGAGCACUGAAUCAUAUACUAUACAUCUACAUCUCCUACCCUACAACUCAUCUCAUAUCACCUCAUCUCCUUUCAACUCAUCUCAAAUAUAUCCCCCACAAUGCACCCAAUCAACCUCCUUUUCACUCUCGUCCUUCUCCCAUCCAUCGCUUCAGCAUGGGGCAGCCUAGGCCACCGGACAGUCGCCUACCUGGCCAGCAUGUACUUCAGCACGCCCGCGACAAUCAUGACAAACCACCUAUUGAACGGACAGGACAUUUCCGAAGCAGCCUUGUUUCCCGACAAGGUACGGCACAUGCCUCAGUUCGCCUGGUCCGCUGCCUGGCACUACAUUGACGCCCGGGAUGACCCACCACGAUACUGCGGGAUCAACAUGACGCGAGACUGUGGACAAGACGAAUCAGGCGGAUGCGUAGUAACCGCCAUCGCCAACCACACUCUCCGCGUCGCCAACGACUCCCUGUCCCGUUUCGACCGCGGCCAAAGCCUACGGUUCAUGAUGCAUUUCUUCGGCGACGUGCAUCAACCGCUGCACACUGAGGCCGAGGCCCGCGGCGGCAACGACUAUGCUGUUUUGUUUGAGGGCAAAGCCACCAACUUGCAUAGCGUGUGGGAUACUUUGAUUCCGAAUAAACUUAGCUUGGAGGCCAACGGCGGCGUCAGCCGCUGUGGCCGUGCCAGCGACAGGGACAGCGACAACCGCCGUGACAACGCCAACGACAAUAUCAACGACGACAAUAACGGUGACAGCGCCAAUAUCGUCCAAAACGACGACGAAAUGCUAGCCGCCUGGUCCUGGGCUCUUCGACUGUACAACGACAACGACAACAAAGAAGAUGAAUGCCUAAACCUCGACGACCCCACCCAAUGUGCACUCCAAUGGGCCACGGAAGCCAACACGUACGUGUGCUCCUACGUCCUCGCCAAAGACGUGCAUGGCCAAGAUCUCGCGGUUGGCGAAUACUAUUAUGAUGGCGCGGUGACUGUGGUGAAUGACAUGGUGGGCAAAGCCGGUCGAAGGCUGGCUGCGUGGAUCAAUUUCAUUGCUGCCAGUGACAGCAUUUCCAGUUCGUCUUCCGAAUCCAAAUCUGGUUCCGAUUCCGGUUCCGGUUCCGGUUCCGGUUCCAGUCCUCCAACAGAUGAGAUUGAAUCACUGUUUUUACUUCAGGCGCAAGAAUAGGCAACAGCCAGCUGACGAGAAAUGAUUGCAAUGCACGAAAUAAAUGAUGAAAUGUUGGAUGAUACUAUUGAGGGAAAUUCACUACACUACAUAUAUUCAUACAUAUGUACCCUACCAUACCCUACCUAACUGAACAUUCUGAUACUCGGGUGAGCACGCUCGACUGGACAUACACUAAUGUACACUGUAUACUUGUUGUGAUGCCUAAGGGGAUUAGAUUCCCAGCCAUAAGACACCCUACGCAUACUGUGCAGAAAGACAUACAUGGAUGCUCACAUCUCUACCUUACGUUACACUAGUCGUAAGAGAAACUGACAGAGCUUGACUCCAACAAGGAUUGUAUUGUCAGGUAUCUAAUCCUCAGACUUCUGCUCCAAGUCUCGCAGAUCCAGACAUCCAACCCGACCAUGACGACCACAAUUAGUACGACUAC